AUGAGAAAUGGGGAUACAUAUGCUGGAGAAUAUUUUGCUGACAAGAUGCAUGGUUUUGGGGUCUAUCGAUUUGGAAAUGGACACCGCUAUGAAGGUGCCUGGCACGAGGGGAAAAGGCAAGGGCUUGGUCUGUACACUUUCAUGUCUGGGGAGACUCAAUCGGGUCAUUGGCAAAAUGGGGUUCUCAAUAUUUCGAGCUCUCAAGACACCCUUCCUGAAUCUCCCUUCACAGUUGACCAUGCCAAAGUUCUUCACGCAGUCCAGGAAGCACGGCGAGCUGCCAAGAAAGCAGUUGACGUGGCAAAGGUGGAUGAAAGGGUGAAGAGAGCUGUAGCAGCAGCAAACAAAUCAGCCAAUGCAGCAAGAGUUGCAGCGGUGAAGGCUGUCCAAAGCCAAAUGUAUCACAAAGAUAAUAAUGGCGAUUUACCCAUACCAAUUGACUGA